CUCGCCACGAGGCGUACAGUCGAACGUGAGGCUUCGUCCGAGCAAGUUGUGUUUACGUGCGCGCUCGUUCGCUCAUUCGCUCGCUCGCUUCGACGCUCGAUCGCGUCGUUUCGGAAAGCCGAAGGUGCUACGAUACACAGCGCAGCGCAACGGACGAUCGCGCGCGGGCGCGCGCGCGCAUUCCUCGAGCGAGAUCGCGUCGAGCAUCUCCGAGAAAAUCGAGCCGGAAAAGCCGUGCGAGUCGAUCCGAAGUCGCGAUCUAAAGCCUCGCGAUUCGCUUCCCCCGCCUCCCCCCUCUCCCUUCGUGUAGCGUCGCUCGCAGUUGCGCGCGAGACGCCGUCGAGGUGGCUUCGUGUACGAGAGUGAGAGAGCUCUCUCUCGUGAGGACUCUUGCCGAUUCGUGUUUCUCUCUUUGUGUGGGACUGAUUAAGCACUCGAGACAGUAAGACGUGAGGAAAUGUAUCAGUGAUUCCGCCAUUCACGUGAUCGCUUCUUCGGAAUUAUUGGUUGAGGAAGAGGGAUCUCUCGCGAGGGAGCCGCAGGACGACGGUUUGUCGAACGGUGGGGCAGCCGUGACGCAAUUGCGUUCCUGCCGCUCGCUCGGCAAGAAGGAAAAGUCCAUCGCAGACGACGACGACGACAACACGGCUCCAAGAGAACACGGUACACGUCUCCUCGCCGGUGGGAUCCCGGUUCGUCGUGUGCGCGCGAGAUUUCGCGAGAGGCAGCGCGCACGUUGCGCGAUGGUGUGCGUGAGAUCGCGCGUGCGAAUCGUUUGCGGACUCGCCGGCAGCCUGUAGCUCCGCUGCGGCAGCAGCUGGUUACUUCGGCGAAGUAAGGGAGAGGAAGCAACCGAGACUGUGCCAGACCAUUUCGGGUACCGACGCCACCGGACUGACAACCAUGCGACCCUUCAGGAACUCGACGAGACGGUGGGCCAUCAGCGAGAUAGAUAUGAGCAUCCUACUCUUUAACGGGUUCCUAUUGCUGGGCUUCGUCGUGGCCACGGUGCCGGAUAGGUUGGUGCUGGGCUCGCCGAGCGCCAUGCAAGCCAUGGAACCGCCCGUGAAGAAGUGCCGCUACAGCAGAAUCCGCUCGAUGUUACAGGCGGACUGCGACUCCCUGGAAUUGCAUGACAUCCCGCACCACUUACAGACGGACAUACAGAUACUGCUUGCUAACGUAAACCGCUUGAGAGAACUGACGAACGAAAGCCUGGCUUACUACAAGAACUUAGCAUACCUUUAUCUGCGCGACAACUUCAUCCAGACUAUCGAGGAAUCGGCAUUCGCUAAUCAGCAUUACCUGGAGGUGCUGGACCUCUCGCAGAACGGUUGCGACAGCCUGCCCAAAAGCCUCUUUCAGUUACCGUACCUCCGCACGCUUUACCUCGGUCAUAACAAACUCACGGACUCUGUGUUCAAGGUGGAAGUCACCUCACCACUCGUCAUGUUGCAACUGACCAAGAACAAACUCACCAAGCUCCCGGAUAUGGGUCCGCAGCCGACUCUCACUCAUCUCAACGUAUCCGACAACGUUAUCACUACCAUUAGUACCGAGGAGUUGGCGUCGUAUUGCUCACUAAAGGUGCUCGAUCUAUCCAAGAACCCGAUCAAGGUCGACGACAACUGCGAGUGCCAGACAUUGAAUACUUGGCUGAAACUGCGGCGAAUCAACGUGUACCCGGAUUCCUUGGACUGCUCGAGCAAAUCAUCGGCGGGGAAUGAAGAAUGCAACAAUCAGCUAUUCAACAAUCGUACGUACGAGCUGUACAACGAGUGCUCGAGCAUCAUAGAGCAGAAGGCGGAGACGGAAAAGGCCCGGACGACGUGGAUAAUAGUGGCGUCCGGUCUCUCGGUGAUGCUCUUCGUGUUGUUCGUGGUGCUGUUCUGCGUGCACAAGCGAAACCGUCGGCGGCGCAGAAAGCAGAAGCAACAACAGCAACUGGCGGCGAACAAUGCCAACACCGAGUUGCUGAACAGCAACCUGGCGGUCGGCAACUCGUGAAAUAAUCGCCGAAAGGUCGAUCAUCAUGACGGUGACAGUAGUCGCUAGAAUCUUAACUCGAUGCUGCGCCGUAAUCUUGCGAAGAAGGAUAAUAGAAGUUAGGAAUUAUCUACGUUGAAAUGAUUAACGGUGUUUGAGGUAUGCGAGAGACUUGUUGGUAUUUAUUAAGAGUUUAAUCAGGUAUGUAAUCGACAGAUACGUGCCUAACAAUUUGUAUCUGAUCGUUAAUACGUCGUAAUGUUCAUUAAACGUGAGAUUGUAGCUUGAGUGUGCUCGCGGCACGACUGCCACUUUCAGAGAUGUUACGACUUUUAUAGAAAAGCCUUCAAGAUAUCUCCAGCGAGACAAAGAUAUUAUCAACGAAAAUGGAGCAAAACUCACGUCGGAAUGGUACUUAAAUUACUUAAGACUUUGAGAAGGCAGUAACACUUGUCGAAAGUAAAUGGAGAAGACAACUCCGCGAGGACUCUAUAUACUUGCAAGAUAUAAACGCGUUAACUCGUAAAAUGUGUAAAUGUUCUUUAUUGUGUUCACAUGUAACGGUUACGAAUAUGCAUAUAAGAUCUAUAUGGACGUGGCGAAUUUUCAAGGACUUCUGCGUGUUUGAACGAAUACUGUCUUAUUGUACUCCCUGCGAUGGUAGAAACUACCGAUCUCGAUGUCGAUCGAUCGAACGAAUCUCUGAAGCCGGUCGAAACUGAUCGUUACUGUCGCGUGCUUUUGUCGAUGUAAUAGCCAUGCGAAAGGUGUGCAUUUAUUACACGGUUUAUGGUACUUAAGAAGAGUUUUUCUUCAACAGCAUCGUGCGACGCCAAAGUGGAUUCUUUUAUAUCCGGGUGUUUGUAACUUUACCUCCAUCGAGAAGAAGUUUCUCUUACACUUAUUUCAUAAUUUCGUAAAGUAUUUUUACUUAUUUCUUAUGUAACCAAUUUCUCACGUAAGAUUUAAUAUAUAUACAUAUAUAUAUUUAUUUCAAUAAAGAUACAUAUGUGUAUGCAUCAUUAUAACGGUCAUCCACGUGCGCUUAUUUCUCAAAGUUGUACUUUUUCAUUUUUUCCCCCUUUUCUUCGUAGGAUUUCCGUUGUAUAGAUAUAUAUGUAUGUAAUAUUGUUGUAAAUCGUUAUAUAUAUCUUAUAAUGGACAAACGAUUAAUUUAGACCUAUAACGAUGCGAAAGACUUACAUCCACGAUGUAGACGAAUAUCGUCGAAUGCGAAAGAUCACUCUCCAUGUUUAGUUCCUAAUAUUUAUAUAAUAUUAUUUCAUGCGGGUGCAAACGAUCAUUUCACUUCAUCGAUGCGUUUAUAUAAUGGAAAACUUUUUAUACAUUUGAAUAGGUUUAUAUGUACCAAAGUAAGAUAUAAAUGUACGUGUACAUCGCACAAAAUCGUUCACAAACCAUCUAUUAUAAUUCCUUUUAUUCGACGUAUCAUAAAUGUUUAUAAAAUAAUGCCAUACAUAAACUUUUAGAUAUAUAUCUUCUGUACAGAGUUAUAUAGAAAGUGACAAGACAACAUUGCCAAAUGAAAUAAAUGUUUAAACC